CCAGCCGACAUGUUUUCCCCUCCUCCAAAGUGCGCCUUGUUCCCUCCAUCUCCGCGCUCUCUCAGUGCUUGGACAGUACAUGUAGGUGCGGAGCUAAGUCCCGCUCUUGGGGAAAUUUUAGGAAAGUAGGUCGAGUUAAUACGAUCAACGGACAUUUAACGCAAAAAUAAGAUCAAAACAUUUCACCACGUUUGUGCAAUUGGUUUGAAGCUACAAUAAAAUGGACCCGAUGACUCAAUCCGCCCAGAUAUCUUCGUCGCAGGGGUUUGCCGAUGGACACAAUUCCGGUACCAAAGACUCAAAGAUAUCCGAUUCCUUUCUUUCCUCUUCGCCUGUAUCUCUCAUUCAGUCUCCUCAAGACAAAAGGGUUCUUGGGUCUGGCAACAACAGUGAACUACACUUCCCACAAUCAACUUCCUCCUCACCUGGAAAUUUUAGCAGUCAGUCAGAGGACCAACCAGACUCUCCAAUAAAGACUUCACCUGUUUCAGAGCGCAUCAAAGCACUGGAAGCACUUGCUGCAAAGAAAAAGGAGCCUGAUUUUCGAAGUGAUGGUUAUUCACAUUAUAGAGAUCGUCAUACUGACAAACGUUCUUCCAUUGAGAUUCAAAAAGCUGCUUUUGAGAAAAAUGAGAAAACAACUCCUCAGAAAAAAGGCAGCUCCUCGGAUAAAGAAUCCCCAGACUCUCCAUUUGAGGUUCUAGGAGAAUGUAAGCAGCUGAAGGAACUUGAAGAAACUGAAGAGUGGAUGAAGGCUCAUUUACCUCCAAUGCCAGACUUUAAUUCAGAUGAUAUUACAAAAGGCCCUGCUGUUUCAGAAAGUAUUUACUCCACACAAGAAAAAGAAAAUGUCACACCUGAGGCGUCCGCCUCCUUUGCUUGUGUCCCAGAUGCUUUCAUGGACUUUCCUGUUAAAGGUGAAAAUCUUGAAGGUGCCCCUGUUCCUCAGAACCCAUAUGCAGAGGAAGAGUGUGAUUUUGACCUUAGCUUCUUGCCUACAGCCUACAUGUGGAACCAACAAGAAAAGAACAAUGAUGCCCUUGUGGGUUUUGGGUCUAAAUCAGCUUCAGUGUCCUCGCCUGAGCACAGCGAGAAAACCCGAUUGACCUGUAAUCCAGAUCCACCAGAAACAGUUGAAGUGGACAGCUCGGGGGAGUCUGAUGAUACUGUGAUAGAAGAUGGCAUUCCUGUUCAUGCUCAAGCUUCUUCUGAAUUUGAAAGAGAUGCUUGUUCUAAUCUACACAAAGACGACAAGGAGACUUCACCUGCAAAGUCUGAGAGGAAGCUUAUGCAAGUUCCAACUAUCAAUGUUAUUGAGACUGAUGAGCCCAAUUAUAGUGAAGAAGAAAUGGAGUUUGAAUCAGAGGAAGUCGAAGAGCAAAAUGUUAAGGAUCAAGAUAUAAAUGCACCUGGUCCUAAUACCAUCCCUGAGAGCCAGUUUACAGAGGGGUACUCUCCACCCUCCUCACCGGUGGAGUCUGACACAGAGAUCUCUCCUAAACACAAGAAACAAGAACCAUCUCAUGAGGCAGCUGUUCAAGCACCACAAGAGCCCCAAUCACCAGAUGACUUCAGGAUACAAUCCAAGGAAUUUAGCAGUUUGCCAAGUAAUGAUCCUGUUGAAGACUUUUCUGAUCAUGAUGAUGAGUGGGGUGACCAAAAGAUGGAUGUAGCAAAUCCCGUCAAUACAACAGCUGGUCCAGCAUCUUUUACCAAGCCCAAAAUGGAUGAAACAAGUAAAGAUAUUACAGACGCUCCACUUGAAACACACAAUCUCCAGACCAGCUUUCUACAUGAUGACAUUUUUGAGAGGGAAUCCUUUGAUUAUGAUUAUGAUGCACCACCCUCUCCUACAGAUGAUGGCAAUGACAGCGAGCCAGAUGUGGCCACAGAUACACCUUAUACCAACCCUUUCCAUGUCAAUACUGAGAAAAACGGCACUCAAAGUAAUGCUAGGGAUUCGUUUACCCUACAGAAUGACAACACCAACCAGGAUACCUUCUCGAAACGAUAUCCACAAGAUCCGUAUUCUAUAUUCUAUACUGCCCCAAAGAGUACCAGUGAACCAGCUGUUGAUAAUGGAACCCAAAACAUGAAUCUAGAUGACAACUGCAAUAAAAUUAAAGACCAGAAUAGUGAAACACAACAGUCUAAAGAUCUAACAUCAGUGGUAAAGGAGGACCCUUGUAUUGAUGCAAGUACUGAGCCAGCAGACAGUUUUGUGCAGUUUAUGCGAGAGUGUUUAAAGUCCCAAGGUGAUGACCAUUCCACCUCAGACAAGAUGGAUGACCACAUUUCUCAGUCUGUAGCUAUGGACCUUGAACAAGAAAAGCUCACAAUUAGUGCUCUCAAAGAGCUUGGAGGCAGUCAAGAGGGAGAGGUGGAGCCACCACUUCAGUCUGCUAAAUCCAUUACAGUAGAGCCCAGUCUUGUAUCAACUCAGCACAACACACAGUCUCCUUGUUUCUCAAAUACCCAGCCCCUAAGUUCCCCGUCCAACCCUCCCCAUGACGGCACAUACGCCCCAGAGGUAGAAGCCAUCGAUGAAUGGGUGGCAGAAGCCUAUCAUCUUGCUGAGCAUGUCUUGACCGCUAUACUAACCCACUUAUCAGGUAACCUCUUCUUUUCAAACUCUAGUCCUGCUAACCAUAGAAACCCCUGCCCUGACCUAGCCUGUGCUAUAGCUGAGUGUGCUGGAGCAGCUAAGGGCCCGAGGCACCACCCCACCAACACUGAUACAAGGCUUUUCAAAACCCCCUCCUGUCCCACCAGAGAAGGAGUGCUGCUCCAACCAGCCCAAUUGAAGGAUCUGAUUCACUGGCGGGACCCCAAGAAGUCGGGUGUGGUGUUUGGAGUGUCCAUGCUGAUGCUCCUGUCGCUGGCAGCCUUCAGUGUCAUCAGUGUGAUCUCCUACCUCCUCCUGGCUCUGCUCUGCGUCACAAUCACCUUCCGCAUCUACAAGUCUGUGGUCCAGGCCGUGCAGAAGUCCAACGAUGGGCACCCUUUCAAAUCACUUAUAGAAAAGGAUGUCAGCAUCCCCCCUGAGACUUUCCGCAAGCACGUGGACGCCAGUCUGAGCUACAUCAACCGAGCACUGAAGCAGUUGAGCCGCCUCUUCCUCGUUGAGGACCUGGUCGACUCCCUUAAGUUGGCUGUGGUCAUGUGGUUGCUAACCUACGUAGGUGCAGUCUUCAAUGGAAUCACCAUUCUCAUCCUGGCUGAUAUCCUCCUCUUUGCGGUGCCUCCCAUCUAUGAGAAGAACAAGACCCAGAUUGACCAGUACAUCGAUCUGGCACGCACUCAAAUCAACUCGACCAUGGCCAAGUUGCAAGAGAAACUUCCUGGAGCUAUGAAACGCACCAAAAGCGAAUGAUUACCCAUGACCAACCAGAAACCAUUGCAGCACCAUCAUUGUCAUUUACCAUCACCAUGCAUACCUACCCCGGCCCUAGCCCCUCUACCACACCCUGUCCCAGUCUAAUUCUGCUCCUCUGUGCCACCGACCACGACCUGUCCCACUCAACCUCGCUAGCUAGAAAAAUCUAAGCUACUCCAACAUGACUGCGCAGCUUAACCCGAGCGUUAGGUAAAGAACUGUGCCUGGGCGGUCAGAAGUAACCCCCUCCCUACUGUGCUCCAGCAUACCACAGGGGAGCGGGCAGGUGGAGUGAACUAGACUGAAUCCAUGAGCUGGUUUGGUUGUGUACAGUGAGCAGGGGUGGAGGAAGACGGCUUGUCACUCAAAGCAAAUGUCUGUAUUUAAAAAUUACACAUUUCCUUUUAAGGUAGAUGCAUUGGGUAAGCUAGACCAGAAUAAAUUAAUGAAAAAAAUGAAAAUAAAAAUGUAACUGAUGCUAUUGUAACUAGUCUUUUCCUGCUCUUGCUCUGCAGUUAUUGGUUAAUGUCAGAAGCCAGAUUUGGGCUCGCUGUUACGGAUUGGCCUGUUGUUUGAGUUGUUUUCUUUUAUUUUUUUACAGGCGCUUGUGUAUAAGUUUCUGCAAUGCACUGAUGUUUUUCUAAAACCUUUGAGCAGGUUGAAAUAAAAGGACUGGAACACUGAGCCAGCUGUGAUAA